AUGCUCAACCGACCUGGCUGCCAGUUGCCUUUGCAGCUCUUAGGUUAGACUAAAUGUUCGCACUUCGCGCAAUCGGCAUAAAUCUUUAACCGUUUUCCCGCUUGACAGCGGAGUUUUAUUUGCACCAAACAGAUUUCAGAAGCGACUGCAAGUGUCUUCCUGGAACACCUGUCUAGAGAAAUAGAACCACAUUUGUAAAUAGUCAACGAACACUCAAGCACAAAAAUAACAGAUAAAUACAUUCAUAGUGACCUGCACAUAUUUUGCAAAAAUGUGUAAAACGCAUUUAUUCUUCAAUGACAAGUACAAAAUUCGUAAAUAAAUGUGAACAUGACUUCCCAAAAUGAAAUAUACGCACUUGUCCUCUAACGUAACUAUUCUGUUGUCAAUAUGGUUUUUAAAUUUUUGAACAAAUUCGGUUGUUUAGCCCAUCAUCGAAAUAUACGCAUGGAUAACUGACAAACAAACAAUUCAACAUGGUACCUCAUUUUAGAGCGAAAAAAAUUGACGUAAACUUUGCAAGAUUCCCUUGAGGAGUGCUGCGAGAGUGGAGUGUGAAGAAAAAUAGUAAGAGGGAGAUUAGUACGUUAAAAUAUAAAAUAUGUGAUGGAUUGGCCAAUCUAGUAGAGGUCAGCGAACAAUGUUACCACAGUCAUGAAGGCAUAGGACUGUACUUGUGCACAUAGAUAACUGAUUAGGUCAUGAAAUUUUGUCGGUAAGCCUAGAUUUUGAACUUGUGCAUCUUUUAGGCUCGCUUGUUCUUUUCAUACGUCCCGAUCCAUUUAUGUGUCAUUUUGUCUGGAAAAGAACUUUGACACUACAUUUCUAACGCUUCCCUGCAUAGUUCACUUCAAUCGCAUACGAAAUGCUUCCAACUAUAUGUUUAAAAAGACAAGCAUCAUUCAGUUACGAACUCAUAUUUUCAAAUGCUGGUACGGAGGCGGUCAAUAUUACCACAGAUAUUUCGCCAGCUAAAAGCGAGCAAACUGAUAUAUACUUCUGCAUUAAAUCAAGCUCUAACAGGUCUCCCUCCCAACACAAACAUAAAAACAUUUGUUAACAUACGAUCAUUCAUUACCUAAAGCAUGCAGUUUCACAAUUAAUCUGUCCAGUUUUAUAAACGAAAGAGAUGACAGAUUUAGAAGAAUCGCUGACUCUACUUAACCAAGACGCAGCGGCUGUGGUUCUCACGCAAACCCGAAAGUGGUUAAAGUAGGAAGAAGUCCGUCCAUCUAUCGUAUAGGCGGUCACAAAAUACUCUGAGAAACAACGAACACCGACACAAAUAAAAAAGAAGAUUAGUCGGCCGCAUGUCAAGGAAAAUAGUAUUAGAGAGAUAUUUAGCGAGUAUGAAAGAGGAUCGAAUUGUAUUUGAGAACACAGUUCAAUUCAAAAGAUGUUACGGCCAUAUCCACAGGGAUAGUGGAAUAAACAGACAGUAAUCAUGCUGAAAAAAGCGAAUGUAUGUGUAAAAGUAUGGUAAGAGGGUCACACCCACGCUCACAUUGCCAUUUGCCCCGAACGUACAUAGGGUGACACCUGUUAAACCCGGAACUGGACCUCUCAUCCAAUGCUCACGAACACCCUCAUCGAGGCAUCAACUACAACAGCAGUUGUAAAAAAGCCAUCGUACACAGUGUCCAGAGGCAAGUUGCUUAACCGUUAUACAGAAAGUAGCAACAUUUAAAAGUUUGUCUACGAAUGACCACCCAGUCAGUUGCACCAGUAUAGUGCAUAAAAUCGCGCGUAGAAACGUAUAUAUUUAUGUUUGUUAUAUUUACUGCCCUCUACAUGUAAGAUCAUAAUCAAUGGCAUUGCUUAAAUGCAACAAAAACUUUGAACGGGCACCUAGACAGUAGGAAACAGUUGGGGCCAAAUUAUUAGGCAAAGCCUUUAACAUAGAUAACUGCCGAGUGAUUAUGAAGGAGCUUAAUGAUUGGUGUUCCAAACGGGUUUAUGCUAAUGCCGCUGCUUUUUUCAUUCACAGCUGCCAGAAUCACCUUCUAAUAACCAUCAGGAUUCUUUUGAUUAAAUCAGGCUUUGGCCGACACACAACCAUGAUUCCAUCAAGAUGUUAUCCAAAGUCAACCAUAGGUAGACGAAUAGGAAGCAUGUGCUUGUAUGCGCACAAAGUCCAGUUCCUCGUGGGUAACCAAGAAUUAGUCCUAAUCUCCACAUAGUACUGAAGGAAUCGAUCAAUAGAUGCCUCGCAAACCCAUUAAUUAUUGCUCCAGCCAGCAUAAUACUAUUAGCUCUAGCUUCGCAAUGGUGGUUAUGGGGAGACUGACAAUUCCCAUUGAGUGCUGAAAUCCACUUGUCGUACACUGCUCUAUGAGCAACUACAAAAUUCAAAUGCAACGGCCAAUAAAGUUGGGUAUAUGCUCGUCCGAGACAAGCCGCAAUAAUCCCAAAUUUGUCUUAUCUUAAGAAAGCGGCGUGUGUAGGAAUAAGGAGUGCGGAAAAUGUCGGACAAAGUCGUUUCACUAUAAACAACUUUAUGCCCAUUCACGACUAUGCCAAACUAAUGUGACAACGGCACACCGUCACUUGCGCCUUUUUAGAUUUGCUACAAAAUUUUGUCCGUAAAAGGCAUCUUUUCUCAUAAAAUGGAAACGCAACUAUAAAUCUAGUCUAAAUUCCUAAAUGCAGACCAUCAAACUGCCCUCACCUUAAAAUCCAGAUCUAAAGUCAAGUCCUAUCACUGAGCGGCCAGAGCUUAGUAAUCUUAUAAACACGACAAACAUUUCACACUGCUUGCUGAGAAGAACCGUCUACACAAAGCCUACGUAGAUCACCCCACUGAUGCCACCAAAGCUGCCUUCUACCGCGGUCGCCGCCAACUUCAGCAACGACUGCGCGAGAUGCAGGACGCCUGGACUGCUCGCAAAGCCGAGGGGAUCCAAGGAUACGCGGACCACAACGAAUGGAAGAACUUCUUCUCUGCGAUCAAAGCUGUCUACGGUCCGGCGGCGAAGGGCACUGCUCCUCUCCUCAGCACCGACGGCAACACUCUCCUGACUGAGAAGACGCAAAUCCUGCAGAGAUGGGCCGAGCAUUUCCGAGGCGUCCUCAACCGCCCCUCCGUCAUCUCCGACACCGCUAUCGAGCAUUUGCCGCAAGUGGAGACCAACGUGGACCUCGACCUCCCGCCAUCUCUCCAGGAGACCAUCAGGGCCGUGCAGCAGCUCUCCAGCGGGAAAGCACCCGGAUCGGAUGCAAUCCCUGCUGAGGUCUACAAGCACGGAGGUCCCCUACUGAUGGAUCACCUGACUGCACUCUUCCAGGAGAUGUGGCGUCAAGGUGAAGUCCCGCAAGAUUUCAAAGACACAACUAUCGUGCACCUUUACAAGCCCAAAGGGAAUCGCCAAGUCUGCGACAAACACCGCGGCAUCUCUUGCUGAACAUCGCCGGGAAGAUCUUCGCACGAAUCCUCCUCAACCGCCUCAAUAACCAUCUCGAACAGGGCCUUCUGCCGGAAAGCCAAUGCGGCUUUCGUGGUCAUCGUGGGAACACGGAUAUGAUCUUCGCCGCCCGUCAACCUCAGGAGAAGUAUCAGGAGAUGCGGACCCACCUGUGCUCUGCCUUCGUGGACCUGACAAAAGCCUUCGACACGGUGAAUCGUGAAGGACUGCGGAAGAUCAUGCAGAAAUUCGGCUGUCCGGAGCGAUUCACUCAGAUGGUGCGUCAGCUGCACGACGGUAUGAUGGCGCGAGUCACGGACAACGGAGCUGUCUCAGAGGCAUUCGCAGUGACCAAUGGAGUGAAGCAGGGCUGCGUACUGGCGCCUACCCUCUUCAGUCUUAUGUUCUCUGCCAUGCUGAUGGACGCCUACCGCGACGAACGCCCCGGGAUCCGCAUCGCCUACAGUACGGACGGUCACCUCCUGAAUCAACGGCGUAUGCACUUCCAAUCGCGCGUAUCCACAACCACCGUUCACGAACUCCUCUUCGCCGACGACUGCGCCCUAAACACCACCUCGGAAGAGGAGAUGCAACGGGGCAUGGACCUAGUCUCCGCCGCCUGCGAGAACUUCGGUCUGGUCAUUAACCCGCAGAAGACGGUGGUGAUGCACCAACCGCCACCCAACUCAGCCACAGCCCCAAACGCGCCGCCGCAAAUCAGCGUGAACGGAACCCAACUGCAGGUGGUGGAGUACUUCCCGUACCUGGGCAGUAAUCUCUCCCGCAACACCAAGAUCGACGACGAAGUCGCCAACAGGAUCUCGAAAACCAGUCAAGCCUUCGGUCGCCUCCAAAGCACAGUUUGGAAUCGUCAUGGUCUCCAACUGAGCACGAAGCUGAAGAUGUACAAGGCCGUCAUCCUGCCGACACUACUGCAUGGAGCGGAGACUUGGACGGUGUACGCAAAGCAGGCACGCCGUCUGAACCACUUCCACCUCAGUUGUCUUCGUCGCAUCCUGAGGCUAAAGUGGCAGGAUCGAAUCCCCGACACUGAUGUGCUGGAACGGACGGGAAUCUUCAGCAUCUACGCCAUAAUGAGGCAAAUUCAGCUGCGCUGGAGCGGCCACCUGGUGCUCAUGGACGACGAGCGACUACCCAAACGACUCUUCUACGGAGACGUCGCGACGGGUUCUCGCCGUCAAGAAGGCCCGAUUCGCCGUUACAAGGAUAGCCUGAAAGCCUCCCUGAAAUGCCUGCAAAUCAACCCGACCAACCGGGAGGAGCUGGCGCUCGAUCGACCGACCUGGAGGAGGACAGUGAAGACAGGCGCAGCGAUAUACGAAGACAACCGCAUCGCUGCCGCCAAAGAGAAACGUUAA